UCCUCUUCACUCUCUCUCUCUCUCUCUCUCUCUUCUCCAACACGCACUCUGAGACAAAUAUUCUAUGAAUUAGUUUCCUUUCCCGUCUAAUCCAUCGGAUUAUCAAUGAACCAACAUUAAAGAAACCCCAUCAGCUAAAAUCCAUUUCUUUCAGCUCCCCCGCAUAUAAAAAGGCAGAAAAGCACUGUCCUUUGACGAGCUUGCAGCUGUUGCUCUGCGGUUUGCUCGUCCCACCCCCCCCCCCCCCCCCCCCCCCCCCCUCUCUCUACCCAUACUCGAAGCCGACACCAAACUUACGUUUUUUUUUAUUUGUUUUUGCGGGGCACCAAACCUGGAGUGGAGGAAGGCGAGAGGGAACCCAUUUCUGACGAGGAUCGGGUCGAGGUUGAGUCCAAAACCAGUACCCAUGCCUUUGAAUUUAGUUCAUGAUUCCGAUGGAUUGCCUCGGAUAAUCCUCACUGAGCCUACUGGAUCAACUGCAGAGGUGCUUCUCUAUGGCGGGCAGGUCGUUUCUUGGAAGAACGAGAGGAGGGAGGAGCUGCUCUUUAUGAGUAGUAAGGCUAUUUGGAAACCACCUAAAGCGAUCAGGGGAGGCAUACCAGUAUGCUUUCCUCAGUUUGGGAACUUCGGUUCACUGGAGCAACAUGGAUUUGCCAGGAACAGAGUUUGGUCACUCGAUAAUGAUCCUUCCCCUCUGUCUCCUACUGAUAAUCAGUCAUCAGUGGAUCUGAUACUAAAAUCUACAGAAGAAGAUAUUAAAAUGUGGCCACGUAGCUUUGAGCUGCGGCUUCGUGUUUCUCUUAGUGCUGGAAAGCUCACUUUGAUCCCCCGUGUGAGGAACACUGAUGGCAAGCCCUUCUCAUUUACGCUCGCGCUGAGCAAUUACCUCUCUGUGUCUGAUAUCAGUGAAGUGCGUGUUGAAGGCUUGGAGACACUCGAUUACUUUGACAAUUUGAUACACCGAGAAAGGUUCACCGAGCAAGCUGAUGCGAUAACCUUUGAUGGGGAGAUUGACAGGGUCUACUUGAGCACCCCGAACAAAAUUGCUAUCAUUGACCAUGAAAAGAAGCGGACUUUUGUGCUUCGGAAAGAUGGAAUGCCCGAUGCUGUUGUGUGGAACCCUUGGGACAAAAAGGCGAAGGCCCUUCCCGAUUUGGGAGAUGAGGAGUACAAGACCAUGCUCCGUGUAGAUUCUGCGGCUAUUGAGACCCCGAUUGCUCUGAAACCCUUCGAAGAGUGGAGAGGCCGUCAGGAAAUUUCUGCUGUCUCUUCAAGUUACUGCAGCGGGCAGUUGGAUCCCCGGAAGGUUCUUCAUGGCCUCCGCUGAGAGUAAAUAAAUCUUCUCCAAUGUAACUUAUGUAAGAUUCUCUUAUCUCGUAUGCAGCCUACCACUACAACUACUUAUCUACCAUUCCCGUUGCUGAGAAUCCAAAUAUAGCGAACGAGAUGAGAGUCCUGUAUAGUAGUAUCUGACUGUGUUUUGCUGCUGGGUCAGGGAGGGGCUUAGUCACGAACAAGUCGAGGUUGCUUGUUCGUCGUGUCUAUGGGUGUAUCUUGAUCGAAGGUUUAGUGAAUUGAGCUUAUGAUGCAGAAUGGCUCUUUUAUUUCUGUUAUCGAUUAUCCAUGUUCAGCUGCAUAUUCUAGAAAGAGUUGGUGAAUGGAAAUUACAAUUAUUUAUGGUCUGGUUGACCGAUUACUAUCA